UUAUUUUUAGUAUUAGCAGAUUGAACACAUUUUCAAAUAUUUAUUGGCCAUGUAUAAUUCUUUUUUUAGGAACCACCUCUUCUAGUCUGAGUUCCUUUUUAAAGACAGUUCUUUUGAAAAAUUGUUUCAUAAGAACUUUCUUUACAUUGGGGAUUCUAAUGAUGCAAAGGGUAUUGUGGGUUAUUUUCCCCCCUCAGUAGAUUACAUGUCCCUUACCCUUGUUUGUGGUGUUUUUAAUGUCACAUGUGGUCUGAUGGUACCAGUCUCUUCUGUUCCAUAGGUUGUCUUUCUAUCUGUCUUCUAGUGACAGGAAAUUCACAGAAACCAACAGGCCUGUUUCUCCAGGAGGGGGCUGCCUCUCAUGCCUUGAAUUCCGCCAGGAAAGUAGAUUGGAUACCAAGUGACGAGGAAGAAUGUUGCAGUUUAUCUUAGGACAGGGCCGAAAGUAAGCUCAUCACACGAGAUGAAUUGUACCGAAGCACAGCAGUAGAGGGCUGCCGCUCGCUCAGGCAAAAACAGCGCCGUCUGUCCUGCUGUGGUAGCUUUUAUUAAAGCAUUAUCUAGGUUUACACUUUAAGACUUGUUUUCUUAACAUUUCAGAAGUGCCAAAGCAGCAACCUAUGUUUUUAUUAAUUAUAGAAGCAAUAAUUGGCUUUCGUGAGAACCUGCCAUGCUUCGUCCUUGAGCGCAAAGCAGCACAGAGUUCCCACCAUUAUUCUGAUUAUACUGAAGUAGCACAAGGACAUUCCCUUGCGCUCCCACCACUCUGAUUAGACUGAGGACAUCUCAUGGAUCAGUGCCCAAAGCACUCAAUGCUUCUUCGCAGGCCCCCGGUUUGCCGGGGGGGCUCAAAGCAAUCAGGACUGUUUGCAGUUCUGGCUUAUUCGCCAGCCCCCAGUUUGCUGGGGGGGGGGGCAGCUCAUGGGUCACGUCUCCUUUCCAUGUCCUCAGUUGUUCCACUACAGAAGAGGGGCUCCUGCAACCUUGCUCUGAAAACCUCUCCCCUCUGUGUCCCACGGACAGUGUCCCCCAGUAUCCCAGGGAAAACUGGAGCCGUUUUUGCUGAGCUGUUUGGGGCUGUUGUCCUAAAGCUAAGCAGGGGUGGGAGUGGGGAACAGACAGGUCCUAGGUCUGGUCCCUCAUGUCCUUGUCUUGCAAGAGGGACAAAGCCUCAUUUCCCAGGACAUUCAAGCAUAUUCCAAGCAGAGCCCUCUUCCAGCCCUGAUUCUGCCCCUUCUUUCAUUUCCUGCUCCUCCUUUUCCCCCCAGCUUCACACUGAGAUUCUCACUUCCCCCUUUUUUCUCCUUAUUCAUUCUUUCAUUCAAAACACAUUUACUGGGACUUCCCUGGCGGUCCACUGGUUAGGACUUCGCCUUCCAAUGCAGGGAGUGCGGGUUUGAUCCCUGGUCGGGGAGAUAAGAUCCCACAUGCCUUGCGGUCAGAAAACCAAAUCAUAAAACAAGAAAUAUUGUAAUAAAUUCAUUAAAGACUUUAAAAAUGGUCCACAUAAAAAAAAAUCUUUAAAAAAAUAUUUACUGAGCUCCUGACCCAGGGGAAUAAGACAGACAAAUCUACACUUUUCAUGAGACUUAAUCCACUAGGGGUAAGGAACAGAAAGAAGUAAAUGUAAUAAUAAAAAUAAAAAAUAAAAUAAAAUAAAUAAAUAAAUAAAAUAAAAAUAAAAUAAAUAAAAAAUAAAAUAAUAAAAAUAAAAAAUAAAACCCAUACUGCCUCCUUGGUUAUUACAGAUAUGAGAUUAGGGAACUAAUCUGGAAGCAGAGUCCUGUCGCUCUCUCCCCUCCCCCACCUCCUAUGCCCCUGCCUACCCUGGGAGGUCACUGGGAAGGAAGAGCAGUGUCAGAAGUUCUGCAGGUAGUGAGGCUGCCGAGGACACCAGCUGGGUGUUAAAGUCCCCUACUAUGAUUGUGUAACUGUCAAUUUCCCCUUUUAUGGCUGUUAGCAUUUGCCUUAUGUAUUGAGUUGUCCCUAUGUUGGGUGCAUAAAUAUUUACAAUUGUUAUAUCUUCGUCUUGGAUUGAUCCCUCGGUCAUUAUGUAGUGUUCUUCUUUGUCUCUUGGAAGAGUCUUUAUUUUAAAGUCUAUUUUGUCUGAUACGAAAAUUGCUACUCCAGCUUUCUUUUGAUUUCCAUUUUCAUGGAAUAUCUUUUUCCAUCCCCUCCAUGCUGCAUGACGUCUAAGCCCAAAAGCCCAAGGAGGAAGUGAGUCUAUCUCUUCCCAGGUUUGGUGCCAGGUAGAACUCACCUUGGCAUGCUAAUGCAAGGAUGAGGCCUGCGUGGGUGAGUCAUUCUGCGGGAGCAUUAUUUUCCCUCUCAAAAUCCCUUCUUGGAUAUGUGAGAAAUCCAUAGUCCUCCUUUUUAUAAAACUCGACUGCAAUUCUUCUGAACUUUAUUUUGUAUGAGAUCAUCCUUCCCCUGCCUGCCGUGAUUUACAAAUUUAUAGCCCAAAACAUUUUACCUUGGCUGACAAAUGCCACAGAGCCCUAAUCUCAUAUCUGUAAUAACCAAGGAGGCAGUACGGGUUGAUGGUUAACAGCAUGAUCUCUGACCAGUGCGUGGGUUGGAAUCCUUAGUUGUGACCUUUGGCAAGUGAAUUACCCUUGACGUGCUUUAGUUUGGACGCGCAUAGGCACUCACAAAAUAGAUGCUAUUAUUAAAUUUACUUCUCUGCUUCCAUCCAGGGCAGCUGUCACUGUGACCAGAGGUGAGUGUGCUGGGAAGGGGCUUGAGCCCACCUUUACCAGGAGACUUUGGGUACCUCCAGUCUUGUAUCAACCCAGGUCACUCUGAAGCCCUAGGACUUAGGCUGGCCGGGCAGUGGGUGGGGCAGACAUGGAUAACCAAGGAGGCAGUAUGGGCAGAGAUGGAAGUGCCCACAGGCUCCUAUAGGACAGAGGGCAAGGCUGGGGCAACAGAGAGGUGCCCCUGCCCUCCCCCCACCAGUCCAUCAUAAAUCAGGCAGAGCACUUCCAAUUUUCAUACUCUGUUUCUCAGAAAGAUAGUGGUGUCCCUGGCUCUGCACCUGGUGUUCCCACACUGCCUCCAAGAUGUCAGCUAAAGCCAUAGAGAGCGGGGAAGGAGAUGCCACUGAGCUCAGCCCGCUGGAAUAUCCCUCUGAUGAGGAGGAUGAACCUUCCCAGUCAACCGACCAGGCCUCUGAUGGUUCUCCUGGGAAGCCACCACAGGGGCCACCCCAAGGGCCAGAUGGAUCUGGCUCUGACCCCAGAGACCCACCCAAGGCUGGAGGAAGCAAUUUCUCCCAUUACACAGGCUCCUCUUCGUGCGGAGCUGGCUGAGCUCACUCCUGCAACUCCUGAAAUCUCCGGAACUCCUUGUCCCAGCUGCCCCAGCACCCCAGUCCCUGCCCCUGUCAGAUGUCCCUGCCAGCCCCAAGAGCUCUCAGCAAUUCGACAUGGUCCAGGCAUGCUCUGCCCCGUGGUGCCAGGGGCUCCAGCCACAAGGCAGGACACACAGAGGAAGCAGGGUAUGGCCUCUGUAGCCGUGAUUACAGGAGCCGUGGCCGUGGGGGCUGUGCCCGUGGUGCUGGGCGCCAUGGGCUUCACCGGGGCAGGAAUCGCAGCCUCCUCCUUAGCGGCCAAGAUGAUGUCAGCGGCCGCCAUGGCCAAUGGGGGCGGAGUUGCCGCCGGCAGCCUGGUGGCCACUCUCCAGUCCGUGGGGGCAGCCGGACUUUCCAUGUCAUCCAACAUCAUCCUGGGCUCGGCUGGGUCAGCUCUUGGGGCCUGGCUGUGGGGUAGAAAAAAGAAAGCCCCUUCCUCUCCUCCACCAGGAUCCAGUACUGAAGCAGAGAGGGGCUCCCGGGCUGGAGAUGACCCUCCAGGGCCUCAGGAGGUCAGUCCCCCACAUGACAAGUCCUCUGCCUCCUAAAAUCCUUCAAAGAAGCAUAGGAAAUAAAGAAGAGAUGCUGUGACCUUCA